AUGCCUCGUUCAAAGCGUGCGCGCGUCGUCCACGAGUCAAAGACCGUCAAGAAAGAUCACAAGGAGCAGACCCGCCGUCUAUUCGCCAACAUUCGGGAAUGCAUUGAAGAAUAUGACCAUCUUUUCAUCUUUUCGGUCGAUAACAUGCGGAAUACCUACUUGAAGGAUGUGCGCACUGAAUUUGCCGACAGCCGAGUCUUCUUCGGUAAGACCAAGGUGAUGGCCAAAGCCCUCGGCCAGAACUCCGAGAGCGAAGCCGCCCCCAACGUGCACAAGCUCACUCCUUACCUGGCCGGCGCCGUCGGUCUGCUGUUCACCUCUCGCACGCCGGAAGCAGUCAUCGAGCACUUCGAGAACUUCCGUCCCCAGGACUUCGCCCGCGCAGGAACCGAAGCCACUCGCUCUUUCACUAUUCCCAACGGCCUUGUUACCUCUCGGGCCGGUGAGAUCCCCGUCGAACAGGACGAGCCUAUCAGCCACACCAUUGAGCCCGCUCUCCGUAAACUCGGUGUCCCUACCCGUCUGAUCAAGGGUAAGGUCACUCUUGAGUUGAUGGAGGGCCAGGAAGGCUAUCCCGUGUGCAAGAAGGGCGAGAUUUUGGACUCACGACAGACGACGUUGAUGAAGAUGUUCGGUGUGCUUUCUUCCGAGUUCAAGGUUGAGCUCAAGGCCUACUGGACUCGCAGUACCGAGGAGAUCAAGAUCCUUGCGCCUGAGGGCGGAAUGGAUGUUGACGCAUAG